UUUAAACAUUCUAGACACCGGUCAAAGGCUGGACAUACGUUUUCCACUUUCUAAACGCUACCGAGGCGUCCUCAACAAUAGUGGAGCCUGCUCAGCAUCGAUACACAAUUAACAAAAUGCAAGCAGAGAACAAACAAAAUACAACACUAAUUAAUAUUAAUGAGUUAACGUUACAAGCUAUUCGAACAGGAUUAGGGAAUCCCGUUGUCGAACCUUCGCAAACGCUAAAACCUAAUGAUGAACAUAUGAAAUCGCUUCUUUUCUUGUGCGAAGAAAUUAUGGAAUUCGUAAAACUAUUUGAUAAAGAAAAACUAGAGUUAGUUAAAGAAACCACUGAGAAACUAAAAGUCGUACAACAAUUUGAAGGUCUUUAUGAUUCACAAAGGGAAAGAGAAAUUCAAUUUUAUGAACAAAUGGUAAAUCAGCAACAUAAACUUAAGGUUGUAUCUAAUAAAAUUGUUAAUUUAAAAAAAAAAGUUUCGACCCAUUUAAAAGAUCUUCAAAAAGAAAGGGAUAAUUACGCAUUGAAAUCAUUAGCACUUGAUGAAAAAUGUCAACGAAUGGAGAAGUCUUGUGAAGAAAUUAAAAAACGUAUCCAAGAUCAAAAGACUAAUGUAGAAUCAUUGAGAAAAGGAUCUCAUAGUAUGCUUUCUGAAAGAGAGAUGACUGACUUAAAUUUGAAACUAAGAAGUCUUCAAAAUUGUAAUUCUCAAUUGUUGACGGAUCGAACAUUAUUAACACUUAAUUUAGAAGAAUUAAUGUCGUCGCUUGAACGGACAACUGGGGAAACACCCAGCUACGAUAAGAAAAAUUGUGAUACGUUUGAAGUCCAAACAAAUACUAUUUAUACAAAUUCCCUUGGAGAAUCGCGAGGCCCAACACGGGGAAAUUUUAAUGCUUUAGAACAGCUUGUCGAGCGAUUACAAACAUCCAUUGUAAAUGAACAAGGAGAGUAUGAGAAAAAAUUAAAAUGUUUACAAGAUGAAAGAACUGUUUAUGAAAAAUACGAAAGUGCAUUAAAGUGUAUGCUUGAAAAUGAGAAAAAUGACUAAAAAUGAAUUUGAAGCAAGAGAACCAAGAGGGUUGAUGUUUUUUUUUCGUCUAGUAUAGAUGAUUGGAUUCUGUAGUACUGGUUUAGUACAUCUGAUUCACAGUCUGUUUUAAAUAUUGUUCGGAGUGAUUUCUUAUUUGUAUAGAAAAAAAAAUUGUUUUCAAGUAGAACGAUUUCGUUUCGUUGACAUUCUAUGAUCACAUUUCAUUUCUUUAAAUGUUUUCAAUUUAAAACUAGUUAAAAAAAAAAGGAAGAAAAUUCAUUAAACGAAAACAAUAAAGAUGAAACAAAUAGGUCAUUUACAUAAGAUUGAUGAAAUGUUACAAGAGGGUUCUUUAACACAAGUCAAAGAUAUUUUAAACCAUGCAGAAAGAGACUUUGAGAAAGCACGUGAUAGUGUAGAUGCUUGUAUAA